GUGCCGAUUCAGGACGUUGCUCCUCUCGUUGCAUACGAAGAAGUGUUGCCUGUGACGAUUCGAGAUCCCGAUGCUCUGGUUGCUUCCGAAGAAGAGUUUUCUGUGCCGAUUCAGGACGUUGCCCCUCUUGUUGCAUUUGAAGAAGUGUUGCCUGUCCCAAUUGACGACGAUGCCGAUACCGUGGUAACACGUCACCGUGUGCGUUUUGAUGGCGAUGUCUGGGGACUUGUACUGGAGCACAGACGUGCGGAGCUUGAGCGGGCAUUUGACACGGACGUGUGUGAUGCUCUCGGGAUUCCCAGAGGCUCAGUGUUCGGGGCUAAGUAUGUUCUGGGUAGUUUGUCCGUUCAGUUUGAUCUUCGUCACGCAUCGUCUCUUCGACAGAGUGAUGUGGAUAAGGCUCUGGCAGCCUGCGAGUUCAAGGAAACAUGGAAGUUGUACGUACUCUAUGUGCCCGUGGGUGAUGCAGAUGGAAUGGUUGUUCCGCUGAGGGCAUACGAAGAGGCCUUGUCUGCUCCCGUUAAAAACCCUGUUUCUCUCGUGGCGUUCGAAGAGCAGUUGCCAGUGCUUUCAAAUAAUUGUGUGUAUUUGGUGGCAUUUGAAGAACAAGUGGCUGUAUGUCCUGCUACUGUUGGUGUGUCUCCAAGGGUAUUAGAAAAGAAAUUGUCCGUCUGUUUUGCAUCAAAGGAUGACCUUCCUGUGGUGAGUACUAUGGAGGAGGAUGAGACAGGACGUCCUUCAACUGCUGCUGUCUCCCCAAGGGUAUUAGAAAAGAAUUUGUCCGUCUGUUUUGCAUCAAAGAAUGACCUUCCUGUGGUGAGUACUAUGGAGGAGGAUGAGACAAUACGUCCUUCAACUGCUGCUGUCUCCCCAAGGGUAUUAGAAAAGAACUUGUCCGUCUGUUUUGCAUCAAAGAAUGACCUUCCUGUGGUGGGUACUAUGGAGGAGGAUGAGACAAUACGUCCUUCAACUGCUGCUGUCUCCCCAAAGGUAUUAGAAAAGAACUUGUCCGUCUGUUUUGCAUCAAAGAAUGACCUUCCUGUGGUGGGUACUAUGGAG